CAUCACAUCUUUUCAACUCCCUGCUUGUGCUACGUCACGUUCAGGGGAAAGCGUUGUCUGCCCUCUUCUGCAUACAUGAGCAAACUGACCCCCAUGAUUGGCUAGUGUUGCUGUGAGACAGCGUAUGCCCCUCCCACCCAGCAUGGGAACUUUUGCUCCCAGUCAUGAAUGGCUCAUUGUUGGGAUUCGAACUAGCGACCUCCUGACUAUAGCCUGAAAAAAGGUGUUCAUUUUUUACCCUACCAACUGUUCUUUUAUUCUGUGUGCCAGAUAGUCAAGUCCUGGUCACUGUAUACCUCCGAAGCACAAAUGACCCAGAAUUCAUUGCUGCAGUCUGUCAGUUUCCUGUUUCAGAGUGGAGGAUAAAGCGGUUUGUGUGCGUAAACAGGAGCAGUGUUUUAGAAUAUAGUACAUUUACGAUCUACUCACUUUUUCCUCAGUUGAUUACUGUUACAUCACAGAUUUCUCGCCACUGAGAUUCACCAAGAACUUUGCCGUGAAGAUCAGCAGCACACUGCUUUAUGGAGCCAGGACAGUGUUGGGCUAACGUCUGGUCUCUGUGACUGGCCCGAUGGCGAUGAGUGGUGCUGGGUACAGAACUGUGUGUUUUGGUGUGAAAUGUUAAACAUGGAUUUGUCUCAGACCCUGACUAUGCGAGCAGGAAUAUUUUUUCAAACGUUUUCAGACUUCUAUUAAAAAAAUCCAUCCACACAGUCUGUGUGAAAAUGCUCACAGGGUUGCCAGUGCAGUGAUAGUUUAAAGUGUAAGUGCAGCUUAAAUGGAGCAUCGGCUGACUGCAAGUCUCAAAUACAGUGUUGUUAUUUAAUAUGUAAAAUAGUACAUUGUAGUUGUAUAGUUUUCAGAGGAAUAUUCAUUUUACUGUUGUCAUGAAAAGACCCAUUUUCUAGAUAGCUGACAUGUUAUUUUAACAAAAGUAAUAUAAGUAUAGUAGCAAAAAUAUUGUAAAUACACUCACUGCCCACUUUAAUAGGAACACUUGUACACCUGUACAUUCAUGCAGUUAUCUAAUCAGCCAAUCAUGUGGCAGGUAAUUUUUCAGGUAAUUUUUCCCCAUUCUGAUGUUUGAUAUGAAAAUUAACUGAAGCUCUUGACCUGCAUGAUUUUGUGCAUUGUGCUGCCACAUGAUUGGCUGACUGGAUAACUGCAUGAAUGUACAGGUGUUCCUAAUAAAGUGGACAGAGGGUGUAUAAGCAGCAGUUAACAUUUACACUUAACACAAGCUUUUUUGAAGGAAAAAAAUUGCUUCUUUCUCAGACAUUUGCAGUAACUGCACUCAUCCUGCCAGUGCAGUUGGUUUAAAAAGGAGAUGAACAUCCCAGGCUCCUGAAGUGCUGGCUCAUACAUCACUGUGGAGCUGAGUUAGUGUGAGCUGCCUGGCUUUAUAUCAGAUCAACAUGAGCAGCAGACCAGAAACACUGCAGAGAGGUCUGAGGCUGUUUACAGGUUCCGGCAGAGCAGGACAUGGCUCUGAUACAGAACUGUCCACAGCUUCAGAGUCCUUCGCUCCGUUCCUGUCUCUGUCCUCCAGGCACUCUGUGUUUGACAGGUUGGACAGUGAGCAGUGUUCUCCUGGACCGGCUCAUUAUAACGGAGUCCGUACCUGGGCUCCAGUUCCCGGCGGUCAUUCACUGCAGAGCCGCUCCAGGCGUUUUGAAGAGGUUGAGUCAAAUAUUCCAGGACCAGGAACGUAUGAUGUCAUCCAGCCAUGCGGGAAGAAGCUCCACCCACCCCCCACCCCAUACAGGGGCAUUAAGUGUGUGAGGUCGUUGUUCCACUCCACUCCCUCCAUCCCGUCUCCCAGUCAGGCAUUUGGUUACGAGGAGAACGAGCAGGGGGAGCUGUGCAUGCAGAAACCACCCAGAACCGACCAGAGCCUUGGCCCUGCCUACUACAGCCCCAUUCAGGUAGAUCCGAUGUAUAAAGGAAUCCAAUUUGGCCGAAUGACAGGGAAAAGAACAGAGAUGAAGGUGGUGGAAGGACCUGGACCAGGACAGUAUCAUCCAGAGGAAGAUCACUCUGUGUGCUAUGAGAAUGUGAAUUUGAAGCGAGAGCUGAAAAGUCAAGCUGAGUUGCAGAUUCCUCGGUAUCAUGAACUCCUUACACUGCAGGCAAACAAGCAGGGUGUUCCUGGUCCUGGUCAGUAUGAUGUUAAAGGACAAUUUGAGAAGUCAAAUGGAGUCACUGUCUCCAGACCAGCGUUUAUGUCACACACACCGAGGUUCUGCUCAGUGAAGAAUGUGGCGCCCCCUGUGGGUUCCUAUAAUGAUCCUCGCUGUGCUCUUGAGGGUCUGAAGAAAUGCAGUGGAGUGAAGAAAAGUCCUUUUAACAUUACUGCAGCUCGAUUCAUUCCUGAAAACAGAAAAAACACCACGCCAGGCCCGGGAGCAUAUAACGUGUUUGAUUAUGGUCUGGCAAGUGAGAGUCUGAAGAAAGCACAUUUGGAGGGCAAGAGGACGGGCGGCUUUGGCUCAACAGCCAAGAGAACCACAAUCUUUAUCAGUAGAACCACAGAACCAGGACCAACAAACUAUAUGGUGGAGAAAAAAAGUGAGGAGUUUUACAAGCAACAGCCUACAGCAGUCUUUAAAUCAGCCAUGGAGAGACUCCCUGCACCUCUGGUUGCUAAGGACACACCUUCUCCAAGCUCAUACAAUGUGCAGGAAGCAUACGAUAAAAUGUAUGGACAGGGACAACGUGGUGAACCUCGCACAAAAGCAGCACGAAAACGCCAGAGCUGUUUCUUAAGCACUGCCCCCCGAAGCGCCUCCUUCCAAUACGAUCACCAUUUACCAGGCCCAGGUCACUACAGUCCAGACAUUAAGUCUAGCCAAAAGUUUGCUCUCAUUGGCUCUAAUGAGGAUCGAUUUAAACAACCUAAAGACACAGCACCUGGACCAGGAGCAUACAUGCUGAGUCCUACGUUUUCAGAGACUUUACUCAAGCGUUCCUUCAAUGUGACCCUCCAAAACCCUAUGAUGUUGCAUGCUUUGGCUCCACCCCCUCAGCAGGCAAUGGAGGCGAGUCUUUCCUUCACCACUGCUUAAAUACACAGUCAGGGUCAAAG